AUCUUAUUCUUGGUCGUUAUCUUGCAGCAACAGAGCUCUUCCACGCGGCCCAAGAAGAUUGUUUCUGUGGAGAUCCGCAUAGACUUGCUCAAAGUUGUUCGUGACAAGUGGCUUUGGCCUAGAUCCCGUUGGAUGCGGAGGAGCUCCCAUUUGUAAGCCAAAACCUUCUCCUCACACAACAUCAAGCCUCUUUCUGACACGACUGAUCUGCUAGAAAGAGAGAACAUUAUCGAAAGCGGGUCCUCGCCAAGGAUCCUCUACAGCCACGUUUAAAGCUAUGCCCGAGAUCGGGAAGUGCGCGAGGUGAGACCGGCGAGGUCUUGAUGCGGUAGGGCGAAGGCGAGGAUGAGCUGCGGCGCUCAAGGGCCUCGAGGCGAGCGGCGAGCUCAGCAAUCUGACGGUCGCGUAGGCGGAGUUGGUGCUGAGGUGGUUGUUUUCUUCGAUGUGACUGGCGGAGUCAUUGGAUUCAUGACUUUCGAAGUGCUCAGAGGCGACGGUCGCAGUCUGGCGGUUGUUGUGACGGUCGCUGCCAGUACGGUGAGCGCGAGGAGCCGGCAGAUCUUGGUCGCUAAGAUGAAGGCCGGCUCAAGAGAUUGUUCAAGGGGGAUGACAUGGUUGCAGCGUGCGAGUGAUGCGCCUUGUUGAGAGACUGAUCUUACGCGCGCUGCUUGAUGCGACUGUUCCUGCUCGAGGUUAGGUGACGGAGGACUUAAAGCUGUCUGCGCGGCCUUGUUAGAUGGUAAUGAAAGAAAGCGAGAUU